AACCGUUACUCUACAGUUUCAGCAUGGAGACAGUGAGGAGGAUUCUGGUUUACGUCUGUAAGGACCAAGCCGCUCCGCAGCGAGCGCAUUUUCUUCAGAGCAUAACUGGUUUCUUCACGAACAGCGGUGAUGAUGAGGUGGAGGUGAGAUGCUCUCUGGACAAAAACCGGUUCCUGGUCUACGGAGCAGAGAAAGGUCACGGAGUCCCGCUAAAGAGAGCCGCCUUUUGUCCCAUCAAGCACCUGUCCUCCAGUCAGGCGGCUGCACUGCCAUUGGACGUUCAACAACGGGGAGUUGAUGUGGGUGUGGCCGUCCUCCUUCAGUCAGCCAAUCAGAGAGUGUUGCUGACACGGCGGGCAGUGGGGCUUCGUAUAUUUCCCAACACGUGGGUUCCUCCAGGAGGUCACUUGGAGCCGGACGAGACGCUGCUGGAUGCUGGACUCCGGGAGUUACAAGAGGAAACUGGUCUGCGGCUGGAACCAGAUCAGCUUUCUUCAAAGAUCCUGGGACUGUGGGAGUCGGUCUGUCCUCUGAUGUUGUCCAGAGGACUUCCUCACAGACAUCACAUCGUCAUCUACAUACUGCUAAACUCCGCCCUCUCACAUCUGCAGCUGCAGGCUGCUCUGAGGCCGUCGCCGGCUGAGGUCAGUGCGUCUCUGUGGGUCGACGCCCGGCUGGUUGGAGCCGUGGUGUCGGCUGUGGACUGUGAGGAUGCCGAGGUCCAAGUGGAUGAGCUGCCACCGAGUGUCAGCAUAUCACAGGUUGGUUCAGACGGGUUGCUGUAUAACUCCAUGUUGCCACUGGACGUCCUGGUCAGCCGAGCACCAGCCAGCGGUCCAGAUGUGGAGCGUGUCAGCACGGGGACCAAGUUUGCCCUGGAGCUAUGGCUGAAGAAUCUGAAGACAUCUGACCUUUGACCCCCUGUAGGGAGGAUGGAGAGCUUCUGUUUCCUAGCUGAUAUUUUUUCAAAGUUUAAUUUGGAGAAUUAGUUUUAAUGUCAAGUGUCCUCUGAGUCAGAGACAAGCUGCCUGAAAUAAGAAGCUGAAGCUUCUGGUGCAGCAGACGCACGCUGUCAACAUAGCAGCAUCCCGCCUUUCAAAGUGAUAUGAAAUCUAUUUUUAUGCCACUAGAUGUCACACUAGUGCCACAUUUCAGGAUGUAAACAAAGCUUCUUUCCUAAGCCACUCCUCCUCAAUCCUCCUCCUCGUCCCCACGUCAAGCAGAAGGACUGGUAGCUGGAGCCUUUUAACAGGUCUAACCACUGUGUUGGGAAAAUUCAGAUAUAUGUGGAUUCAUGUCCAACUGUGUUCAUAAGAGAUAUUUUAACCUCUAAAUCAGAGUUUUAAAUAUAUUUCUGUGAAUCUUUUUGCUGACUGCCAUAUUAUGGAGAAAAAAA